AUGGCAACAAUCGAUAAUGAAUUGCCAGAGAAGUUAGGUCAUAAUCAUCCUCUGUUUCUUAGCACCAUUGAUAAUUCUGGUGCAAUGUUGAUUACAAUACAGCUUACAGGGGUAGAGAAUUUUUCAGUUUGGAGUCGUGCAAUGAGAAUUGCAAUUUUAAGUAGAAAUAAGCUUGGAUUCAUAGAUGGAACUUGCUUAAAGGAAGGUUUUGGCCCUUAUCUAACAAUAUUGUGGGAACGUUGUAAUGCAAUAGUUCUAUCUUGGAUUAUGAACUGUGUAUCCAAAGAACUUCUUGGUGGAAUUGUAUAUUCAACGAAUGCAGCUACAGUUUGGAGCGAUCUCAAGGAAAGAUAUGACAAAGUUUAUGGUUCAAGAGUCUUCUUGCUUCAUAAAGAAAUUGCAUCGAUCUCUCAAGGUACAAGUUCAGUCUAUUUUGCUCGAUUGAGAGAUCUUUGGAAGUUACUACAAUUUCUUAUGGGACUUAAUGAGACAUAUGAACAAGCAAAAGGUCAGAUUCUUAUGAUGAUUCCUUUGCCAUCGUUAAACAAAUCUUACUCUAUGUUACUAGAACGUGAGAGUCAAAGAUUCAUAUCUCAAUCGCAUAAAUCUGGAGGUCAAACAGAUAUGAAUGCAUUAGUUUCAAUUAGAUCUGGUUCAAAUCCUGUAAAUAGGCAGAAAAGCCUUAUUCAUCUUAUGGUGAUUGAAGCAAUUCUAGAUGCUAUAUCAAAUGUACCAGAAUCUGAAAAAUCUGAAUCACAUUCUGAUCAGACAAUUCCUAUUCAGGCUGCAACACCUAGGAGAUCAUUAAGAAUCAGUAGUACUCCACUAUGGAUGAAAGACUAUGUGGCAUAUGUUAAAAAAUCCCUGAGUGUGCAAGCCAUUAUAUUCAAUUGA